GCAAAUAGCCUUGCAUUUCCAGUGGGACCUCCAGACGGCACUACAUAUUCAUGAGUGCACUCAGUGGUUCUCGUCUCUUGCUCUGGAAGAAAACAAGGGUAAAAAAAUGCCAGCAUGUCCAAUUUCCAGACGCUGGUGGGACAUGAACCCGGAGGCCUCGCAUUAUCUUUCUAGAUGCAGGAAGCCCGAGUUUGUCGUGCGCCUUGUCCGCUGGUGCAACACGAGCAAAACGAGUUAUGAGAUCCUACACAUUCAUGACACAAACCCUCCAUACAAACUAAUCAUCUAUCGUGCCACAGACAUUUUACAUUGCCUACGCCUACCUAAUGCAACUCGUCUCGACGAUCUUGUGGAAGAGCUGUGCCAAUACGGCACUCGUUUCAAUGUGUACGUGGAUGAGAAAAACCUCGUUGGUCCACAACACGCCCGUUUUCAAGAUGCCAUUCCAUAUAGACCUCUCGGGUUCAAACCAGAGAUAUCUGACUACGCGUAUUACGUGCGAAAAAGAGGAACACUACUUGAGGACCCCGCAAUCGCAAGAGCAGCGUUGAUGCAUGGUGGCCUCAUUUGGCGUAUUGCUAUGGAACAUGUAUCAUCAUCCGAUGUCAUUUUGUCUGGUCCCGGGCAAGACAUGGGUCGCUAUGGAAUGCGGCAUACAUUGGAGCCUCAGGGAGGAAGCAGGGAUAGAUGUCAUCUCUGGACAGAAUCCCUUUCCGAGGACCAGAUUGACAUUAUUUGUGGCGUGUAUAGAAUUUAUAGGAGCACAUCUGCUUCGAACUCCUUUACUCAAGAUCUAUCAUGGUUCCCAAGACAACGCAGUUUCACGAGCUCGGGUCUGGACCUUGGGCAUUGGAAUGCUGAUGCAGAGGAUUGGUACCAACGCCGGGUACAGCUGUACGUGAUGGGGGAUCCCAAGGGUCGGUGUCUAAAUCAGUCGCAAUGGAAGGGAAACAUUCGGUUAUGGCGCACCACAAUCAGGACGUUCAAAGGCAUCGAAGCUGUUUCGCAAGGUUUUCUUAACCGGCAGCUUUUAAGCUGAAUUCUGGUCUGCAGCCUAGUUCUUGACAAGAACCAGUGUAACAUUUCUCUAAUGUCAUUUCUAUGCUUGUCAUGAGCUUUAUUUCAGCUGGUUGUGCUUCCUUGCCGGUCGCAGACCCUGCAUAGAUAGGGUUAGAGAACUAUCCACCAUUGGUCCUAGUCCAUUCACAUUGUUUCCGAAC